CGCUGGAACAGAACGUUCGGCGGACCGAAAAGGGGCGCGAGGAGGGCGAAGCGGGGCCGCCAAAGCCCGCGCGAGCUGCCCGGCGGAGAGGGAGAGGGAGCGGGAGACGGGCGAAGGCGGGAGCCGUCCUCCCUGAUCCUCCUCUUUUCGCUUCGUCCGCUCGCUCGCUCGCUCGCUCUGCCUGGCCGAAGGAAGGCUCGCCCCCUUGCGGGGCUCGACGGCUCUCUGCACACCCCGCGAACCUGAGGACGGAGGGGAGGGGAGGGAGGAUGGCGGCGGCGGCGGCUCCGCGGUUGCUGUAAAGGCAGCCCCAGGGAACGGUGGCUUCCCCCGGAGCGGCGAGGAAAGCAGCAAACCGGGCGGGACUCGGCGGGACGCGCAAGGCAGAGAUGGCUAACGAGUCGCUUCAGAGUGAUCCAGGCAACUGGUCAGUGCUGGAGCAGCUGGGUUUGGAUCAGAGCUCAGAUUUCUCAGACACCAGUGUGCAGCAGAAAUUGGAUGAAGAAAAGGAAAAGAUUAAGCGUGAGAUCCGCAAAGAACUGAAGAUAAAGGAGGGAGCAGAGAAUUUACGCAAGGCCACCACAGAUCGCAAGAAUCUUUCCAAUGUGGAGAACUUGCUCAAGAGCUCCAACCGCAAGCUGGAGGCACUGCACCACCAACUGCAAGAUCUCAAUGCACAUAUUGUCGUCAAAGACCCUGAAGAGCUGGGGGAUGCCCCACAGUCUCCAGGCAGCCUCAGCCAGUCAACAGCUACCAAAAAUCGCAUUGCUGGUCUGGAGAAGCAGCUAAAUAUUGAGCUGAAGGUGAAACAGGGAGCCGAGAACAUGAUCCAGAUGUAUGCCAAUGGUGCUGCUAAGGAUCGGAAGCUGCUACAGACAGCCCAGCAGAUGCUACAGGACAGCAAGACGAAGAUCAAUAUAAUCCGCAUGCAGAUUCGCAAGGCUAUGCAGGCUGAUGAAGUGCAGCUGAAUAUGGAGGAUGGGCAAGGAAACACUGAUCUGAGUGCCAUAGAAUUGAGGAUUGAGGAGCUGCGACAUCACUUCCAGGUGGAACAUGCUGUGUCCGAGGGUGCCAAGAAUGUGUUGCGCCUUCUGGGUUCCAGCAGAGUUCAGGACCGCCAUGCCAUCUCUGAGGCACAGACCAAGCUGAACGAGUCAAGCCAGAAGCUGGACCUUUUACGGCACUCUUUGGAACAGCGCCUGGCUGAGUUGCCCCAAGAUCACCCGAAAGGUUGCAUCAUCAAGGAGGAGCUCAUUCUAGACUCCUCCCCUACCUUCAGUGUCCGCAACAGCACUCCGUAUCAGCACAACCACUACAACACCCUCUCAAAGCCUUCUCCACUAACAGGGACCCUGGAAGUGCAGCUGUUGGGCUGCAGUGGGUUGCUGGAGUUUGUCCCAGGACGCACCCGUGGAUCCACCGUCUCCCUGCCUUGCAAUAGCCCCGGCUCUUUCAUGAGCCGCAGUGGGCGAGGAUUGUACAGCCGGAGUGGUAGUGUAAGCGGACGGACUACCAUCAAAUCUGAAGAUAUCAGCAAUGAGGUGAGUGCUGUGCUGAAGCUGGAUAAUGCAGUUGUCGGCCAGACAGCCUGGAAGCCCUGUAGCCUGCAAGCCUGGAACCAGACUUUCACAGUGGAGCUGGAGAGGGCAAGAGAGUUGGAGAUUGGUGUAUAUUGGCGUGAUUACCGUAGUCUCUGUGCCCUGAAAUAUCUUAAGCUGGAGGACUUCCUUGACAACCAGCGUCAUGAAAUCCACCUGGAGUUGGAGCCACAGGGUACCCUCUUGGCAGAGGUUACAUUUUUUAACCCUGUCAUCGAACGCAUACCCAAGCUGCAGCGGCAGAAGAAGAUAUUUUCCAAGCAGCAAGGGAAGGCUUUCCUGCGCGCCCGCCAGAUGAACAUUGAUAUAGCCACAUGGGUGCGACUCCUGCGGCGCAUCAUCCCCACCACUAAUACCACAGGGACUUACAGCCCCUCAACACAGAUGCCUCCAUCGUCUGGCUCAGAAAGUAGGCACAGCUUCAACUCUGGGGACAUUGCCAUUGAGAAGCUGAGCUUGGAAGGUGAUAGAGUUCAAAUUGGACAGGAGGGCCAGGAUGACAAUGACCUUUCUGGAAAGGUCUCAUUGGGGCCACAAGUUGGGGAGGAGAUUCCCUUCCAGGUGGAGCUGGGUCCAGGAAGUGAAGCCAGAGGAUCUGAGGGCAUUUUUCACAGCAGCCACUUGAGAAAAACACCCAUCACUGUGGAUGAUUUCCGUUUUAUUGCUGUGCUGGGUCGAGGCCACUUUGGCAAAGUGCUGUUGUCGGAGUUAUACCGAACAGGGGAACUCUUUGCUAUAAAAGCUUUGAAGAAGGGUGACAUUGUGGCAAGAGAUGAGGUGGAGAGCUUAAUGUGCGAGAAGCGGAUCUUUGAGAUUGUGACGCACGCCCGGCACCCCUUCCUCGUGAACCUCUUUGCCUGCUUCCAGACACCUCAGCAUGUCUGUUUUGUCAUGGAGUACACUGCAGGUGGAGACCUCAUGAUGCAUAUCCACACAGAUGUAUUUACAGAACCACGUGCCACAUUUUAUGCUGCUUGUGUUGUCUUGGGCCUGCAGUUCCUUCAUGACCAUAAAAUUGUAUACAGAGACCUGAAGCUGGACAACUUACUGCUGGACACCGAGGGUUAUGUGAAGAUUGCAGACUUUGGCCUCUGCAAAGAAGGGAUGGGCUAUGCUGACCGCACCAGCACAUUCUGUGGUACGCCAGAGUUUCUUGCUCCUGAAGUGUUGACUGACACAUCAUACACUAGAGCAGUUGACUGGUGGGGCCUGGGUGUGCUCAUUUAUGAGAUGCUUGUUGGCGAGUCGCCAUUCCCUGGAGAUGAUGAAGAGGAAGUAUUUGACAGUAUUGUCAAUGAUGAGGUGCGCUAUCCUCGCUUCCUUUCUACAGAAGCCAUUGGCAUCAUGCGCCGGCUAUUACGACGAAACCCAGAACGAAGGCUAGGCUCAAGUGAGCGUGAUGCUGAGGAUGUGAAGAAACAACCAUUCUUUAGGAUCAUUGACUGGGAAGCCCUAUUGGCUCGUAAGAUUAAGCCACCAUUUGUGCCAGCGAUCAAGGGACGUGAAGACAUCAGUAAUUUUGAUGAAGAGUUCACAGCUGAAGUAGCUAUGCUAACACCACCACGUGAAUCACGGCCCCUCACUCAAAAGGACCAGGAUUCCUUCAAGGACUUUGACUAUGUUUCCAGUGCCUGCUAGCUCUGGGCAUGGGGGCAAGGAGAUCCUCCCACUGCCGAACACUGCCAACUCUCUAGGCAGGGUUCUGCUCCACCAGUGACUCAAGAUGCUUGCCAGCCCUGUCUCUGGCUCCAGGAGCGGAGCUGGGAAAACCCUGCCACACUGCCAACCCUGUGGGGGACAGUAAUGUUCUCCAACAUGUGCCAGCUCCAGGAUUAGACAGGGAAGGCUCCAGAAAUAUUUCUGCAUCCUUCAAAACACAGUAUCAGUCAUGCAGAAAGAUGGAGUACCUGGUAGCUCUAAGGGAGGGGCAGAAAGAGAGAUAGUGAGAAUGUGUGUGUGUGUGUGUGUGUGUGUUUGCGUGAGAGAAAGACACUCUGCUAGUCUAGUAUAGCAGGCUCUGUUGACCAAGAGACUUGGGCAGAGGAGUCUUCAUGGCAGUAUAUUUCUCUCCACUGAUCUCCAGAUGUGCUACUGAAAGAAGCAAAAAUAACUUUCCAUUGUUAGGAAGGCAUCAGUGUUGGAGAUACAGCCACCCCACCUCUAACUCACAGGCACUUGUGAAAGUUCUUUUUAACAAACAGUGCUGCAAAGAAAAAGCUCCCCUUUCUGGUGCUAUUGUUGAAACCUAUUGAUUCAGACUCCUAACAAAGAAAGAAACCUUCAUAUCUGUUUUAAUACCACAAUCUUGCAUUGUCUCAGAAAGUCCCCAGAUAGUGGUGGGGUGGGAUGGGGUUGGGGGAUGGUUUGAAACUCAUGAUGGCUUGACUUUGAACAGUGCUUAAUUUACAAGCCAAGCAUUUGUAAGAGGCUCUUCGUUGUCCCUCCCCUCAAGAUUGUAAUGUUGGCACAUGGGUGCCUGUAAUGCACACAGGUGUGUAUCAUGUUGUUUUUCUUGGAAUUUUAUACCUACAGAAACGUCUGUGUCAGAAAACUGCAUAGAAGUUCAUGACCCAACCUCAUCCAAGAUAAAUCUGAGAACUGGAGAGGUUUUUGAUCUCAAUACAGUACAAGAAACUCAUACAAUUUCUGAAAAUAAAAUCAAACAAAUGGAUUGAGCCCGGUAGAGCUGGCACUCACCCCAAGAAAAAUAUUGCUUGGUUACACAAUCCUGGUCCCAAAACCUGCAUCAAACAAUGAGAAUUUCACCUUGAAUAAGUAGCUAGUAUUAAGAAGUAUCUGGAUCUACACACUGGCUGAAUUUCAGUGCUUGGUCCACUGGACUAUGCUUGCUUAGAAUGUUGUGUAACAUUUCCAGCUAGAGAAGAACUUCUCAGGGGAGAUGGCACUUGAUAUGUAAUGCAACUUAGUAUUGCAAGCUGGAUAUUUUUUUUUACUGAGCAGGGUAAUUAUGGAUUUCAUCAACAUCAUUAGUUCAUAUUCAUCACUGGAACUUACCAAUCUGGCCUGUGCUCUAUUCACCCAAUUCCCUCACUUUGUCUCGGAGCACUAUGGAGCACUAGCUACUACCAUGCUAAGGAAGUAUUUCUAGUGUAGGGAGAGGAGAAGAUGUUGAGACUUCAUGUGCUUGGAGGCAUGAAGUUCUUUGCGAUACCAAUCAAAACAUGUUAUGUAUUACUGUCUUUUUAAGAGAUUUUCUGUAGUACGAAAAAUCUGGGGGGAAGUCUGGAGGGUAACAAAUGGAAUAUAUCUUGAUACCUUCCCCUUAAAACUUAAUGAACAGGCAAAGUAACUGCAAAUAAAAGCCUUGUUCAGAAGCACCUUCAAUGGCUGUAUAUCACACUUAGUUUGAUCUCUAGCUUUUCUGCAAUACUGCUCUUUCAGUGCUAGAAAAAUCUUCAUCCUUGCCUGGAUAGGUUCUGGAUUUGAGUACUAGCAACUGAAAAACAGCAAAGCAACUAUGGAAAAGAGCUGAUGAACAGUCUUGGCUGACAUGGCCACAACUGCCUCCUCCCAGAAAGCCUCUUCAAAGUGUAAACUCUUAAUGGAAGCAAUAGCUUUCCACAUAACUAGUUGUUAAUGUUCUUAUUUGAUGUUUUCCAAAUCCUAGGCACUGAUACUGCAAAAUAACCUGUCAUCCCUUGUGCAGUGCCUGCUGGAAACAUGCUGUUUCUUAACCUAACCUGAUUAUCAUUUCUUUAAAAUGUUGAUUUGAAAUCUUUUGAGUGUGGUAGGGGUAAACAGAUUUAAGUACAGAUAGUUAUUGCUGGAUUAUCUCUCUCUCUCUUUUAAAUGCUGGUAAUCUGUGCUUGGUGCUGUGAGCUAUAUCCCUGAUAAACGCUGUGGCUCAUAUCACAUUAAUGCUGUGAUGUCCUUCUAUAUGAGAUUAGUUAAUUUGGACUAGUGACCAUUUCUUUAGUCAGUUACUAAUGCUGAUUCAGAAGCUGCACUCUAUUUACAAAUAUAUAUCUAAAAAUGGGAAAAUUAAUAGGUCUAAUGCUCAUAUCAUCUAGAUAAUGAGUACGAAAGUUUUGGUAAGAGCAGUAAACACAGACUAGUUAUUCCUUGAAUGUUUUCUGUUAUAUAUCAUCAAGUCACAUUAGACUUGCAGCAACCUUAAAAGGGUUUUCAAGGUAAGUGAGAUAGUUAAGGGGUGGUGUUACCACUGCCAUCCCCCAGUGAAUUUCCAUGGCUGAGGAAGGAUUCACAUCUGCUCUUGAGUCCUUGUCUAUCACUCUAUCCACUACAUUGGACUGGGUACCACAGUGGGUGCUCUUUGAACAUGCACCUUUUAAAAAUAAAAAAUUCUGCAGAAGCUAUACCUCUCUCCACUUACUGUGAAAAGAUAUAAGGGAGCAAGGCCUUGUUGCUCAUAUAAAACAUGGCAAACUUUUUGUACCCUCCAACUUGCUCUCAGGAUAUCCCUCUUCUUGAGUGCUCUCCCUUUUUUCAGAUUUAAAUGUUUUCUUUCCAGUCUCAUGCAACCUUGUUUCAUGUUUUAAAAAUAAGACCUGGCAGCCAUUUGACUUGGAAAAAACAAUGGACUAUCCUGACCUAUGAUAAGAGAAAAAUUAUCUUUUGCCAUGUAUGGGUACAAACACUUCUAUAUAACAACAAGAACUGUAGAGCUGGAAUGACUUUAUGGAUCAUUGAGUCCAGUCCUUGUCAAGGAGGCAUUGGGGGGGGUCUAGAUUCCCAACCUUUGGCUCUGCAGCCAGGUAAACUCCACUGAGUGUCAAGCAUAGUUGCAACUUUGGGAAGAGCAGGACCAAGAGUUUGUUUUGUGUUUUGCAUAGAAUGAGAAAGGCUUUGUUACUUGAGUCUCUGGUACUGAGAAUGUAGCAAAAUUUAAAUUCUGGAGUGAGACUCAAGCCUAUCUGGCGUUUAAAACAACAAACUGCAUUUUGCUCUUAUCUUUAUAAAUACCUUCUUCUGUCCAGCUACUUUUAUUUCUUUUUCACACCAUUCCAAGAGCUAAGUCUACUUUUUUUUUAACAUAGUAAACCUGGUUCAGAAUUGGGAUGUCUGCUUCUACCUUCAAUUGUGUGAAGGGGAGGUCCUAGGUUAUGGAGGAUUUGCAUUCAAGAUGUCACUGUUUCACCUUGAACUCUGGAUAAUGGCAUCUGUUCCCAGAUAUGCUGUUAACUUGCUCUGUGCCUCUCUGACCACUUGCAUUGCCUCUUAUAUCUUCACUAUGGCCAUAUGCAAGCUUAGUACCUGUAUGGAUUUUAUGAUAGAAGAUAGUAUCAUUCUAUGGACUUGAAGUUUUGUCUUGUUUACUGAGUUUCCUUUCUUAAUGUAACUACCUCUUGUAGUCUGCCUAGAAUCGUACUGUGGCCACAUAAAUGCUGCCUGGGUCUUUUAUUUCUCUGUUACAAAGCUGAAAUUAUAAACUGUAGAGAUGUCAACACAAAUGUGUUUAAUCUAGCAAAGGCAUAUUAAGGGUAUGUGACAAAAAUCCCUAUAAGUGAGCAGGAUCAUUUAUCAGUUGAGAGGCAUGACUUCUGGAUACUAUUCCCAGCUGUCUUGGAUUAAUUCCAAGAUAAUUAAGUUUCCAUUCUGAGCUCUCACACUGGCUUCCUAAAUUUGGCACAAGAGGGGAAACUACCCAUGAACCACCAUGAGAAAGCAUAUUGUACAAUAUUUAGAUGCAGAAUACCAUGCUGAAACUGCCAGAUCUAUGGACUGGUUAUGUGCAUUACAAUAAAAUCAGAAGUAUAUGCUCUUCUGUAGAAACAUGAAGUUUCUGGAUAGCUUUAGGAAGCUUGCAGUUUUUCACUGGGCAUAGAAUUCUGCACCUGAAAGUUGCAGCUUUCAUUUUUCCAAAUUAGAACGUUUCUAACUCUGAUGUUGCAAUCAUUAUCUUUAAAGUGCGUGCACAAUGGCUAGUGGAAAUCUCAAAAACCAAAGAUGGAGCUAAGGCCUUCUAGGAAUCCAGACUUCAGUUUCUUUUUUAGCUUCCUUUGCCUCUUCAACAUAAGCAUAUGCAUGCGAAGUUGCCUAUUUUCUGUAAAAUAAUACAACUCACAUGCUUCAUGUUAUCUCAGUAUUAAAACUUGAUUUUAAUACUGUAUGCAUGCAUCCCUGGUGUGUAGGGUAUUGUGAAAUGAUAGUGAGAAUACAACAUGGAAACACUGGGGAGGAGUCUUCAUUGAGGGGGUUUGUUGGUUUUUGAAAGAGGGUUUGAGAGAAUGAAUUUGGUUCUUCAAGUGACUUGCUAACUUUUAACUGAUUAACGUUCUUCUCACUAAACUUUCGCUGUGCUCAGUUUUGCAUCUGUUGUUAAGGUUUAUACCAUUUUAAGGUAAAGAUUAAAGGGUGCGUUUGCAAAGCUGUACUUCCAUUGGCACUUAUCCUGUCAUCCAACAGAUAUUCCCAAAUGGUUUUGGUUUCUUCUCGACUUAAGAACCCCUUAUACUGUGCCUUAUGUCUGUAAUGCCACUUACAGGUAACAGUAUGUUACAUACAGCAACAGGCAUCAACAUGUUUUUGGGAAGAUGGAGCAUAAUGGAAUGUAAUAACAUCAUGUUCAGAAAACCUGUGAUGUUUGGUAUUCAGACCUUCUUUUUCACUGCAAGACGGCUACAGCCUGUGUACAGUACCUGGUUUGUAAUGCACAGGGUGGAACUAGAUAUCUAGUAAUUGUAGAAAGCUGCUAUAUGGUUCCACACUUGGCAGCUGGAGAACACUAGCAGUCUAGUUUGAGCAGGGAAAGGAGCCAUACCUCGCCACUAUGGAGUGAGCCAAUAUUCUUCCUGGUUUAGAUCACAACUCCUAGAUAGUGUACUGUUUGUUCUCUAUAUUGGCCUUUUGUAUAGACUGCCCCUCCAUCAUUGGAACCAAUAGAAUUAAAUUGUGAACUGGUGUGCAUUUAUUUUUGCUCAUUGGAUUUGAUACAGUAGUUUUAUUGCUGGUUUACAGGCUGAUUCUAAAUGAAGCUGAUUUCUGUAUUGCCAUUGCAUGCAUGAACUUAUCAAUAAUAAGGGUAUAAUUUAUAUAUCGCCUUCUGAGGUGAACUCAGUCAGGCAAGCCCAUUUCACGUUUUUUAUACUGCUGGUUACCCACAAUAUCUCUAACUAGUAUAGUGUAUAUCUCUAUAGAGUAAAAUGUAGGAGAUUAUAGAGUAAUGUUAUGGUAAUUGGUACAGAUAAAGAAAUCAGCAGAGAUAGCAAUUUCCUGUAUUGAGCUCAUACAAACCCUCCUGUUUGCAUGUGCUCAGGCAACUCUUUCACUUUCCAGCACUGUACUU